AUGUACGAGGUUUCUGUUCCAAAAUUUGACAAGAUUCCUUGGCUUAGUGAGGCCAGCCUCAUAAACAAGCCAUUAGUGCUCAGCAUCCCCAAAAGGUUUCCUCAGUCCUCUGCUACUUUUCUGAUUUCAUCCAAGAAGGAUAUGAAUUUACCAUUUUUGUUUGAAGUUCCAGAUGCCUUAUCUAAGGCCCGCAGGAUCCAGAGUAACCCUGUGCUGCUCAGAAAUAGGCAACUGUGCUCUGCAUGUCGAGAAAUAAAAAUGGUAAAACCAAGAACUAUGCUUAUCCCAGAUGAUCUGAAACCAUCCUUUGAGAAUUUUACGAAUCACAGGAUGAUGGGUCUUCAUCCACCAAGACCUAAGACUGCACCCAAACCUCCUUGUGAUGACAUCCUGACAGAGAGCAUUCACUACAGACUGCCCCUUCUGGGCCCCAGAACAGCUGUCUUCCAUGACCUGCUCUCAGAUGCCUACAAAACUCUACAGGAAAGACAGCUCUCUUUCUUGCCCAGGAGGAAGGCAGUCAGCAAGACAAUGAGGCGGUGA